AUGAAAAAAUCGAUGAGAUUAUUUCAACGAAAAAAAAAAAUGACCAUGAAGGCCAAGGUAGAUUCCCUUUUGAAGUGGUUAAGGACUUCCGAGCAAUUUUACCUAGCUACUAAUAUCAGUAUUCAUGAGAGUGAUACUUCUGGCAGAGGUGUAGUUUUGAUAGAUGAGAAGUUGACCACAAAUGAAGUUGUGAUAUCCAUUCCACCUAGUCAUCAAUUGAACUUUUAUACUAUUCUGUACCAUAUUUCUAUGUUUAAUACUAAGCUUGACAUUCACGGUAUCACGGCCGCCUCUGAGGAAAACAUCAUGGAAAGGAAUAUUGGAUCCCAAGAUCCACGUUUCCAGGCGUAUGGUCUACUGAAACAAGAAUUUCUUUUGGGCCUAAGCUCGUUUCAAUUACUGACACUAUACAUUUUAGCAGAAUGGAUAUUGCUUCCCCAAUGGUCUUCAAGCGAGUUCGUGUCUUACUGGAAGCCUUUCUUUGAUAUUUGGCCUGCUAAAGAAGAAUUGGGCUCUGUGCCCGCUAUUUGGAAUUUAACCGGCGAUUCAAAAUAUAAAGAGCUUCUUCAUUUAUCGUCACUUGCUUCUAAGAAGCAUUGCUCGCGGAUAAGUGCACUAGUUAAAUCGGAUUGGAGUGUUAUACUGCCUAUUUUGAAGGAUUGGAAUACAAUGUUCAAUGGAGAUGCUAAUAACGAACUCUUUUUGGAGAAAUUGUAUCGGGAAUUUUUGCAUAUAUAUUUUGUUGUAAAUUCUAGAUGCUUGUACGCUGACAUAUCUUUGAAGAAGGAUGAUAUUGAUAGUCAAUUCACAAUGGUACCCUAUGUUGAUUUUCUCAAUCAUACAGACGAAGUUGAUGUGCACUGCUAUCCCAAAUUAGUCAAAUCAUCCAUUAAUGCGAACAAUUUAGGAAGAUUUGAAAUUCGGUGUGGUAAAUUCUGUUAUGCUAACAAAGGCGAGGAGAUUUUGCUGAAUUACGGGGCCCAUUCAAAUGAUUUAUUACUGAAUGAAUAUGGAUUUACACUACCUCAAAACUGCUGGAAUUGCAUCGAUAUAAGUGACGAAAUUACAAAACUGAUGGAUGGGCAAGAUACCAUUGUUUCCUUUUUAAAAUCUAACGGCUACUGGGGUGAUUACACGAUUAGUUUUAACGAGAUCAGCUAUCGUGUGCUUGUGGCACUCAGCUUGGUAAUCACUUCAGACUUUAAAAGAGUGGAGAAGCUACUAUUGGGAUAUAUCUCUGAAGAUUUCUUCCUGCCAAAAAUCAGGCCUGCACUACAGAGGUUGCUACUUUUGUUGUUAGAUACGUAUCAUGAAAAGCUUAGAUUAUUGCGCAUUUUGCCAUUGAGCCUCAGUACUUGCACUGAGAAUAUUGCUAACAUAUACUUUGGCUACAUAGAAAUAAUUGAGAACAAUUUGGAAAACAUGUAA